AUGCUUGUUGUGACUCUGAGAGAAGGAAAGAAAUCAUUUCUCAAUUUUUUGAAUAUUAAGAAGACUGAAACAUUUUUCACUAAGACUGAAGAAACCAUCACUGUAAGGUGAAUGAAAGAUAAACAGUCUAACUCCAACUACCUCUUUGUGCAACUGGAAGAUCCUAGAAUGCUACAAGUGGUGAAUGUGACCAAGACCUCAUCAGAUGUUACAAACUUUAGCAUACAGCUAGUGACAGAUGAAGGAGAAACGAAUUUGACCAUUCAGCUCUGGGAUUCUGAAGGUACAGAAAGACUCAUUGAAGAAAUAAAGAAUGUCAGAGUCAAAGUGCUCAAACAAACAAAAGACAGUCUUUUCCAGGCAUCAGUGAAUAUUGGUAGAAAUAUCCUAAUGCUUAUUUUACCAGUGAUAUUGUUAAAUAAAUGUACAUUUGGUUGCAAGAUUGAAUUACAGGUGUUUCAAACUGUACGGAAGGGAACUUUGCCAAUAAUUCUUGGGGCAGUUACACAGUUUUUUCUAAUGCCAUUUUGUGGAUUUCUUUUGUCCCAGAUUUUGGCAUUGCCUGAGGCACAAGCUUUUGGAUUUGUAAUGACCUGCACAUGCCCAGGAGCGGGUGGGGGCUAUCUCUUUGCUCUGCUUCUAGAAGGAGAUGUCACUUUGGCUUUUUUGAUGACUUGCACAUCAAUGUUAUUGGCCCUGAUAAUGAUGCCUGUCAAUUCUUAUAUAUACAGUAAAAUAGGAUUAUCAGGUACAUUUCAUAUUCCUGUUUCUAAAAUUGUGUCCACCCUCCUUUUCAUACUUAUACCAAUAUGAGUUGGAAUAAUCAUCAAGUGUAGAAUACCUGAAACAAACUUUUUAGAGAGAAUAACUAGACCUCUGAGUUUUAUUUUGAUGUUUACAUGGAUUUAUUUGACUUUCAGAAUGGGAUUAAUGUUUCUAAUGUUUCUACAGUUACCCAGAGUGCUUCUGUUGGGUCUCUCAGUUCCUGCUUUGGGUUUGUUGUUUGGGCACUCCUUUGCUAAAGUUUGUAUGCUGCCCCUUCCUGUUUGUAAAACGGUUGCUGUUGAAAGUGGGAUGUUAAAUAGUUUCUUAGCCCUUGCCAUCAUUCAGCUCUCUUUUUCACAGUCCAAGGCAGAGUUAGCCUCUGUGGCUCCUUUUACAGUAGCCAUGUGUUCUGGAUGUGAAAUAUUGCUGAUCCUUCUGGUCUACAAGGCUAAAAAUAGAUGCCUCCUCAUUGUAGAAAAUAAAAGCAAAAAGGUUUCUUCUAUACUGUUUGAAACACCUGUAAUUUAA